AUGCUUCGCUCACUUUACUUGGCCGCUGCUGGCCUUGCUGCUUUCGCAGUAUCAACACCAACCAAGACCCUCGUCCCACGAGCCGAUCUCUGCGGCCAAUGGGACUCCGUCGUCACCGGCAGCUACACCCUCUACAACAACCUCUGGGGCAUCAGCGGCGCAACAGGUUCCCAAUGCGUCACCCUCGACAGCCUCAGCGGCAGCACCAUCAAAUGGCACAGCACCUGGUCCUGGUUCGGCGGCUCCAACGGCGUGAAAUCCUACCCAAACGUCGUCACCUCGGGCGGCAUAGGCAAACAACUCUCCGCCCUUAGAACUAUGCAAUCCUCCUGGUCCUGGACCUACUCCGGCUCCAACCUUGUCACAAACGUAGCCUACGACAUCUUCACCUCCUCCACCGCCGGCGGCUCCGCUCAGAACGAGAUCAUGAUCUGGCUCGCAGCGCUCGGCGGUGCUGGUCCCAUCUCUUCCUCGUACGACGCGAGCGGCAAUCCAGUGGCCGUGGCGACUGUGACGCUGGCGGGGAGGAGUUGGAGGUUGUAUGAGGGCAGCAAUGGGUACAACUAUGUUUACUCGUUCUUGCCGGCGAAUGGGGCGAGUGUGGCGAGUUUUAGUGGGGAUUUGAAGGUGUUCAUCAACUAUUUGACGGCGAAUAGGGGGCUGAGUACUAGUCAGUAUUUGAUUAGUGCGGGUGCUGGGACGGAGCCCACGAGUGGGAGUGGUGCGAGGUUUACCACGAGUAGUUAUAGUCUUGUGGUCACUUGA